GAACAAGAUGCUGGAUGGCCAAGGAGACUUUAUCAGAAAAGGACAACACUAAGAUAGGGUACAAGUCAAACUCUGACAUACAGGUGGCAGGGAUGCUGAUUUAUUAUAUCCUCUCUGGAGGACACCAUCCUUUCGGUGACAAACCCCAUAAAUGUGAGUACAACAUUGAUGAAGGGAACUACACUUUGGAGCAUGUUCAAGACGUGUUGGCAAAAGACCUCAUUGAGUGGAUGAUUGAUGCAGAACCAAAGAACAGACCUAAAGUGGAAGAAUGCUUGAGGCACCCCUUCUUCUGGACCCCUGACAGGAGAAUAGAAUACUUGAGAAAAAUGGGAAACAGGAAGGAGGCAGAAAACUGUCGAACUGCAGACAAGGAAUUAAUUUCUUCGCUGGAGAAAUGUGCUGGAUCCUUCAAACAGUGGAAAGAUAAGUUUCCACCUGAGUUGCUGCAGAAGAUGGAUGGCAAGAAGAAAUCCUACCCUGAGAACACGUUGGGAUUUCUGCGCUGCAUACGAAACCUCCAUGAGCACUAG